AUGGGAGAUGUCUGGUUAAGUCCUGUCUCCAUCACUGCUUCAUCUAAUCAGUUGAACUGUAAAUGUUAUUCCGUUAAGAAGAGCACUUGUGUCUGGAGAAGUCGUCACUCUCUAGACUUUGCAUUGACCAUGAAGCUGAAACCAAGGCAUGUAGUCUAUAGUAGUAGUAGUGUAAAAGUAAAGUCUUUUUCAUUAGAAACAACGAGAAUGAGUUUUCUAGAGAAGCCUGAAGCGGUCAGGAAGAGUAGGAUACAUUUUCUAGAGGAGAGGGACGAAGAGAUGUUAUCAAAGAGACUUCUCAAACUCAGCAGGUCGGAUAAACUCAGAAGCGCAUCAGAGCUGUUCGAUUCCAUGAGAGUCUCGAGUUUACAACCCAACCCUCACGCCUGCAACUCUUUCCUCUCCUGCCUCCUGAGGAACGGAGACCUCCAGAGAGUCUUCACCGUCUUUGAGUUCAUGAGGACUAAAGAGAACCUCACAGGGCACACUUAUAGCUUGCUGUUGAAAGCUGUGUCCGAAGCUAAAGGAUGUGAUUCCGCGCUGAGGAUGUUCAGAGAGAUAGAGAACGAUCCGAACCAGAAGCGUUACUUCGAUGUGGUUCUAUACAACACAGUGAUCUCUCUCUGUGGAAGGGUGAACAACGUGUGUGAGACAGAGAGGGUAUGGAGAGUUAUGAGUAGCGAUGGUCUAGUUGGAACAGAGGUUACGUAUUCUCUUCUUGUCAGCAUCUUUGUUCGGUGUGGGAGAAGCGAGCUAGCGCUUGAUGCGUACGACGAGAUGAUCAACAACAAGAUAACUCCUAGAGAGGAUGCAAUGCACGCGUUGCCUUUUGGAGUGAGUGAUUCAUGA